AUGCGCACAUCACAUCUUCUCACAACCACCGCCGUCCUAGGCACCUCCAUCUCCGCAACAGCACCCCUCCACAGCACCAACCCCAAGAACAUCCACGCCUGGGAAGAUGACAGCGACAACCCCCUCCCCCUCGUCAUCUGGCACGGCCUAGGCGACGCCGCCAACAGCGAGGGCCUCACCGAAAUUUCCCAGCUCGCCGACACAAUCGCCCCCGGCAUCUACGUCCACAUCAUCAACCCUACCGGCGAGGGCUCCGACGACCGCAGCGCCACCUUCCUAGGCAACGUCACCGAGCAAGUCCAAGCCGUGUGCGACCAACUGGCCUCGAAUCCCAUCCUGUCCACCGCGCCGGCCAUCGACGCCAUCGGCUUCUCCCAGGGCGGCCAGUUCCUCCGCGGCUUCAUCGAGCGGUGCAACUUCCCGCCCGUCCGAAACCUCAUCACCUUUGGCAGCCAGCACAAUGGCAUCACCGAGUUCAAGGAGUGCGGGUCCAUAGACUACAUCUGCAAGACGGCCAUGGCCCUGCUGCGCUUCAACGUGUGGAGCGGCUUCGUGCAGAACCGCCUUGUGCCGGCGCAGUACUACCGCCCCGUCGAGGACAAGGACUACGAGUCGUAUCUAGAGAGUUCGAAUUUCCUCGCAGACAUCAAUAACGAGAGGGAGCUCAAGAACGAGAAGUACAAGGAGAAUUUGGCGCGCUUGGACAACUUUGUCAUGUACCUGUUUGAGAAUGAUACCAUUUCCAUUCCCAAGGAGUCGGCUUGGUUUGGGCAGGUGAAGCCUAAUGGGCGGUAUACUCCGCUGAAGGAGCGCAAGCUGUACAAGGAGGAUUGGCUGGGUCUCAAGGCGCUUGAUAAUAAGGGUGCGCUGAGCUUUAGGACCAUUGAUGGCGAGCAUAUGCGUAUUCCGGAGCAGGUCCUCAACGAUACGUUGACUGAGUUCCUGGGGCCGUAUAAGAAGACUGCCAGGUCUGGUGACUCUGAGUCUGAAGAACUGUAA